CGUAGAGCAUGCAUACAAGGAUAGAGGGGAGGCCCCUCAUCAAUGUAAAUUCUGUGAUUUCCGUUCAGCGCACUCGUGGGCCCUAGCUAAACAUAGACCUGUCUGUAAAUAUAAGGGUACCUCUAAAGAACUAGCUGGAGAAAUACAACAGAGAGAACUGCUUUUAGCCCAGGGAGAUAUACAGCAGCGUGAUCUGCUUCAGGGAGAGAUCCAUCAACGGGAGCUUCUCGUCCUUGCCCAGGAAGAGAUUCAGCAGCGGGAGCUUUUGCACAACCAUGAUCAGCAGCGAGAUAUCAUUAGUAGGGAGCAUCACAAGUUUGUUACAAGAGACUUCAUGCAGCACAGAUUACAUAUGUGAUAACUGCUUCCGAUAUGCACCCCCCNCGUCAGUUGUAUAGUACGGGCCGGGUCAUGUACAUUGUGUAAGGAUUUAUAUUCCUCGGCGGCCAGUACUAUCACUUUACUGAGGCCUGAAACAGCAGUUUUAUACUUUUUAUAAUAUUUUACAUCCUAAAGAAAACUUUAACAUAAUGCACAAAAAUUACCUAAAUGUAAAUAUUUUGUAAGUAAAUUAUCAAAUAUGUAUCAGAUUGUACCUGUUUAAAUCACAAGAAUUGUUAUGCUAAAUAAUACUGAACUACAACAAACGUACAAUUUAACUUCUCUUGGAGUACUUUAACAAAUCUCUGCAUCACAACUUUGUUAGAUAUAAAAACUGAAUAUUCCACAUUUGUAGAAAAAAAUGGCGGAAAUUUUGCAGGAUCCCCCUCCUCUUCCAUCCAUCUCACAUCAGGAUAUUCAAGAAGCUACUCAGGUUGAUACUGAACUAGGAUUAACCCCAGAUCAAAUUCAACAAUUUCAUCAGCUGGGAGCAUCUACUCCCAACUUCCUCCAUCCUGUACUUCACUACCAGCUGCAGGGCACUUGGGAAACCCCUAGCGGCAAGUUUGUGAACUAUAUAAUUCUCAAGGACAGUUUAGAAAGUAAAGUUGAUAUUUCCAGGAUUUAUUUCAACAUUGAAGAUAUUAAUAAAUGCCGCGGGUUCAAUCUGGAUCUAUCAGGAGUAAAUGACAGGUAUCAUCUGAAUCUAUUAAACUUGAUCCUUGAGUUUCCACAUAGUGAGCUAGUGAUGGAUCUCUUUAAAGAAUUUCUCAACAGCCUCAAUCCUCUUGCCAGUACAGAGGUCACUGAACCCUUGUCAACACCCAG